UAUUGCGUUGGUCACACUAAACGCGGUAUAAAAACAAAUUGUUGCUUUGAAUGAAUUUGUUAAAAUAAACCGCGAAAUGGAUGUUAUGAAGGAUGAUUUUCGUUAUUCCAAUAUCGGAAACAGCUUUGGUUUUGUUUGCAGGACCAUACAAAAGCAUUGCGGACUUCAACAAAUUGCAACAUACGAAAGAGAAGAUUUUCGGGAGCUUCUGAAGAUUCUCAAUGCCAAGGAAAGGUUCCUGGCCGCCAGGUUCUUUUGCCAGUUGCAGGCAAACGUCGGAAGUUUCAGGGUGCUCCUUCAGCUGCAAGAACUCCGCAUCCUGACUGCCACGCAGUACAUCCUCAGCAAGAAGAACUCGGACGAUCUGCAGGUGGACCUGAUCAUAUUCCUGAACUCCGAGUUCGAGCUCCUUACAAACAUCUUCAUUGCCGCAGCUUAUAAUUCUGAGGCUUCCCUGCGGUUAACCUCCAUCCUUACUUCAGCUUUGAGUCAUCUGUACUCCGGCCUCGUGAGCAAUCCUAAAAUAAGCACCUUGGGCUACGUGGAGACUUUAUGCAAAGCCUUGCCAAAUACCGCCCUAACUGUUUGCAUUAACAUGCAUUUGAAUACUCUUCUGGAACUCCAUCGAGCGGACAAUAUCAACGAAGCAUUUGCCCACUUCAGCGCCUGGAUUAAUGAGGGUGUGGAUGAACUUACUUUUGUAAAGCACCUCUGCGAUAAGAUGUUUGCUGGACAUCAGCAGGAAGUACUCCAAUACCUUUUCAAAAAGUCUAAUACGGAAACCUUUAGGCAAUGGAAGUUCUACCUCAUUUUAGUGCAGUCCAUAGCCAGUGCGGCCAGUCCAGAAACCACUACAUAUAUCAAAAAGCAUUUGAAAAACAGACUUUUGCAAACCGCUUCUACUGGCUCUCUGACAUCCCUACUUCAUUUGCUGCUGACGGCAAGAGCUGCCUCUGCAUCAACCAUGGAUAUUCAGACAAACCUCGACAACUACGCCAAGUGGUACAAACAGAACAUAGGUGAAAUGACUUACAUCCUGGGCACGGAAAAGUUUCAGACCGCUUUGCGACUCAUGGAGGAAUCUUUGGAGUACGAAAAAGAGCUACAGUACUUGGAGAUUCAUGUGUCAAUUGCCAUUUCCCCUGGAGGACGACUGGUUCAAGCCUACAAAACUAAAUGUCGGGCACACCUAUCUCAACUUAAAUCGGCAGCAAAGAGAAAAGCUUCUAGAGACUAGGUAGAAUUAAGAAACCCUUGAAUUGAAUCUCAGAAAUGUCAACUUUCCAUAAAAAAUUCUUCUUUAUGCCUUGCCCUAA